UGUGCUUUCGUCCGACUGUGCAGUGCAGUGCGAUGGCUCGUUGAAAUAGUAAUGGGAUGGAUCUGCUUUGUAUCGCGCUGUUGUUGUUGUGGCCCGUUGCCAUGGAGCACAUGGAAAACAAAGCACGGAAAAUAAAGGAAAAUGAUGAAAAUCUAACGCGUGGGUAAAAUGUACAAAUUUGUAAAUUAAAACACCAGUCGCUUUUGUUAAUAUGGAGGACUAUGCGCCGAGUCGGUACAAAAUGUUGGAAAAAAUCGGUGAAGGCGUGCACGGUUGCGUGUUCAAGGCCCUCGAUUUGCAGCGGGGGAACAAGGAGGUGGCCAUCAAAAAGGUGGCGCUGAAAAACAAAUUUGGCAAUAUUUCAUUGAAUACACUGCGCGAAAUAAAAACGCUUCAGCUGUGCAAAAACGAAUAUAUACUCGCCAUUCUAGACAUAUAUCCAGAUCUCAUUGGCCUGUCAUUGGUGCUGGAAUAUAUGCCCGAUACGCUUUAUGGGCGUCUCAAGAGCGAGGCGAAUCCGCUGAGUCGCCAACAGGUGCGUAAUUUCGCACUAAUGAUGCUCAAGGGUAUUGCCUAUCUGCAUGAGGCCGGCAUUAUGCAUCGGGAUAUAAAGCCCGCCAACUUGUUGAUCAGCGACACGGACGUGCUGAAGAUAGCCGAUUUCGGACUCGCCCGCCUUCACUUUCCUGACGAAGAAUCGCGACUCUAUUCACCCCAGGUCUCCACGCGCUGGUAUCGAGCCCCGGAAAUACUUUGGGGGAGUCAGAAGUACGGCCCCGGCAUGGAUAUGUGGGCUGCGGGCUGUGUGGUUGCCGAAAUGUUGCGCGGAGUGCCGCUCUUUGCAGGCACCACCGACAUCGAACAGUUGGCGAUUAUAAUUCGCACCCUAGGCAGUCCCCGUUUGAAUGAGUGGCCCGAUUUGACUUCAUUGCCCGAUUAUAACAAAAUAGGAUUCCCUAACUCUGUGGGCAUCAAUUGGGAAAAUCUGUUUCCCAGCUGUACACAUGCUGUGGAAAUAAAUCUAGUCUCCAAUCUGGUUGUCUACAAUCCUAAGAAUCGUCUUAGCGCGGCAGAGGCAGCACAACAUGAUUAUUUCCGUUAGCUGAUGCUGAUCUGCGGCAAACAAACGAAAGGCCACUGAAAAAUAAACCAUAAUAAUAAUAUUAAUAAUCAAAUUUCUAUUUCGCUAAUAAUAAUAAUAUUAAUAAUCAAAU